AUGGACUCGAUUCUAGACUUCUCGAGAGACUUGGACAUCACGGCCUUGGACACCGUCGUGGAGACCUUCUACCGGGGCAAGGGCGAGGACCAGAAACAGGCCCAGAUCAUACUCACCAAGUUCCAGGACCACCCGGACGCGUGGACCCGGGCGGACCAGAUCUUGCAGUUCGCCAGGGACACGGAAACCAAGUACAUUGGCCUCUCGAUCCUCAACAACCUCAUCAAGACCAAGUGGAAGGCCUUGCCCGACGACCAGAGACUCGGCAUCCGCAACUUCGUUGCCUCCAUGAUCAUCUCCAUGUGCGACAGCGACGACCAGUUCCAGUCGCAAAGAGCCCUCAUAAACAAAUGCGAUCUCACCCUCGUCCAGAUCGUCAAGCAGGACUGGCCCCAGAACUGGCCGAACUUCAUCCCGGAAAUCGUCCAGUCCAGUAAGGCCGGUUUCAACGUCUGCGAAAACAACAUGAUCAUCUUGAAGCUUCUCUCCGAGGAGAUCAUCGACUUCUCCGCAGACCAGAUGACCCAGGCAAAGGCCAGAAACUUGAAGACAAGCAUGAGCAACGAGUUCCAGCAGAUCUUCCAGCUCUGCUUCGAGGUCUUGGACAAGGCCAACAAACCCUCCCUCAUCAUCGCAACCUUGAACUGUCUAUUGAAAUACAUCCACUGGAUUCCCGCAGGUUACAACUUCGAAACAGAGUUGCUACCCCUAUUGACAACUAAGUUCUUGCCCGUCGACACCUUCAAAAGUAUCACCAUCAAAUGCUUGACUGAAGUCUCACAAUUGAUCGCCCCACAAUACGACUCAAGAUUCGUCAAUAUGUUCGGCCUCGCAAUGGAAAGCAUCCUGAAAAUCAUUCCUAUCAACUUGGACUUGAAGAAAACCUACAAAUACGCAUCCUCCUCCGAUCAAGAAUUCAUGCAAGACUUGGCAAUGUUCUUGGUCACCUUCCUCUCUAACCAUUUGACCCCUUUGGAACAGAACUUGCAAUUGAGAGAUUUGCUUUUGGCAGCCCAUAAGUAUCUGAUUAACUUGUCAAGAAUCGAAGAGAGAGAAUUGUUCAAAACUUGUUUAGAUUAUUGGACUAAAACCGUUAGUGGCCUAUAUCUCGAAAUUCAAAAUUUACCUGUCCAAAAUGCUUCAGCCUUAAUGCAACUCCAGUACAGUGCAAGAGGUGGCGCUCCAAACCCUGAAGUGCUGAAUAAUAAAAACUUGCGUAAAGAUAUCUACUCCGAAAUAUUGUCGAGAUUAAGAGUUGUGAUGAUCGAAAAUAUGGUCAGACCAGAAGAAGUUUUGAUUGUCGAGAAUGAUGAAGGUGAAAUUGUCCGAGAAUUCGUCAAGGAGAGUGACACCAUCCAAUUGUAUAAAUCCAUGAGAGAAGUUCUCGUCUACUUGACCCAUUUGGACGUGAAUGAUACUGAAUCAAUCAUGUCUGCCAAAUUGGCUUCUCAAAUAGAUGGAUCAGAAUGGUCCUGGCAUAACAUAAAUACCCUAUGUUGGGCAAUCGGUUCCAUAUCCGGUUCCAUGGAUGAAGAAAGAGAGAAAAGAUUUCUUGUCCUAGUCAUCAAGGACCUUUUGGCAUUGACAGAGAUGAAAAGAGGUAAAGACAACAAAGCUGUUGUUGCCUCAAAUAUAAUGUAUAUUGUUGGUCAAUACCCAAGAUUCUUGAGAGCUCAUUGGAAAUUCCUAAAAACAGUCAUUAAUAAAUUAUUCGAAUUCAUGCAUGAAACUCACGAAGGUGUUCAAGAUAUGGCAUGUGACACUUUUAUCAAGAUCACCCAAAAGUGUAAGAGACACUUUGUGAUCCAACAAUCGGGCGAGAACAAACCUUUCAUUGAGGAAAUAAUCGAAAACAUUCAAGAAACAACCUCAGAUUUACAACCUCAACAAGUUCAUACAUUCUACGAAGCUUGUGGAACGAUCAUCUCAGCUCAAAACUCAACACCGAUCAGAGAGAAACUUUUAUCAGAUUUGAUGAAAUUACCUAACAUUGCAUGGUCAACAGUAGUCUCACAAGCAGGUGAAGACCCUGAGUUGUUGUCCAACCCUGAAAUUGUGAAAAUUAUUGCCAAUAUCAUUAAAACAAAUGUCUCUGUCUGUUCCCCAUUAGGACCAAGCUUCUAUUCGCAGUUGGGCCUAAUCUAUGUCGACAUGUUAUCAUUGUAUAAAGCAGUUAGUUCAUUGAUUUCCUCCGCUGUCUCAACAGAUGGACUGAUUGCAACCAAAACUCCAAGGGUCAGAGGAUGGAGAACAAUCAAAAAGGAAAUUUUGGUUCUACUGGAAACUUAUAUUUCAAAGGCUGACAAUGGCCAUGAAAUAGUAAGAGACUUGGUUCCUAACUUAUUGGCUGCAAUUCUUGAAGAUUACAAGACAAACGUUCCAGAUGCUAGAGAUGCAGAGGUGUUGAAUUGUUUGUCAACUUUAGUUGAAAAAGUGGGUCCAAUGAUUCCAAAUGAAAUCGUUUUGAUCUUGGCAAAUGUCUUCGAAUGUACUCUCGGUAUGAUCAACAGAGAUUUUACUGAAUAUCCAGAACAUAGAGUUGAGUUCUACAAGCUUUUGAGAGAAAUUGAUUUGAAAGGUUUCAACGCAUUAUUACAGUUCCCUCCUGAAUCAUUCCAAGCAUUUAUUGAUGCCAUCUUAUGGGCGUUCAAGCACAACAAUAGAGACGUUGAGAACUCAGGCUUAACCUUGUGCUAUGAACUGUUACUGAAUAUAGAGAAAUUGGGUCCAGAAAAUCAGUUUGCAAUUGGGUUCUACAGACACUAUUACUUCCCAAUAAUAAGUGAUGUCUUCUUUGUUUUGACAGAUUCAGACCAUAAAGCCGGCUUCAAGCUUCAAACCAAAUUAUUGGCGAAGAUGUUAGAAUUGGUUGUGAAACAAAAAAUAAAUGAAACCAUAUAUCCACCUGAUGCUGCACCAGCUGGAACCCCUAACGCUUUGUUCCUAAAGGAAUACUUGGGUAACAUGUUGAUGAAUGCAUUCAACCAGUUACAAAAGGAACAAGUUUCGAACUUUUUACAAGUUCUCUUCAGCAGUUUCGAUAAUGAAGCUAAGUUUACAGGUAUUUUGAGAGAUUUCUUAGUCCAGAUCAAAGAAUAUGGCGGAGAUCCGACAGAUUACCUGUUUGCCGAGGACAAAGAGGCUGAAUUACUAGAAAAGCAUAGAUUGGCAAAGGAAAAGGCAAGUAAAGUCGGAGGUUUGUUAAAACCCUCUGAAAUGGAAGACUGA